GUUAGAUCAAAAAUGGUCGUUUUAUCGUGGAACAACACGUCACCAGUAGGUGAUAUAUUUGAUGCGAUAAACCUAAUAUAAGAUAUUGAUAAAUUUUAAAAAAUGAAUGUAUUAAAUUACUAUAUCAUUGUGCAGGCCUAUAAUAAUUAUUGUUUUGUUUAAAACUCUGGAAUUGUGUUCUAACCUAUUUUUAUAAAAGUCGUCAAUAAACAUUAAAUAUAUUUAACAUUCUCUUUUCGUUAUGAUAGUAAAAUAACUGGAUACUUAUGUCAUUCAAGUUCUAUUGAUUUUAAAAAAUUUUUUUUUUUUUAAACAAUAAAUAAAAUCUAACUAAUAAUUAGUAGAGAUGAUUCUAAGAGAAAAUCUUUUUAUGUGUUUAUCAGUUUAUUGUUGAAAAACUACAAAAAAUUGGAAUUGAUUGAAAACAAGAAGACUGAUUCAAUUGUUAACAGUAGAUCAUUAUUAGAUAAAGUAUUGUAAUUGUAUAAAAGAGAAUAUGGAGUCAAAUGAAAGAAACCAAAUGUCAAAUGGAGAUGCUGCAAACAACAGAGAUGUCGAUUGGUCUAGAUAUGGUUUGCACAAUAAUACAGAAUCCCAAAGAAAUAACGAAACAUCGAGAAAUAAUAGAGAGUAUGCAGAAUUUGGGCCCGAGAUGUAUCAAACCGGAGCAAAUGAAUUGUUUGCUCAAGAAUAUAGUGCUGAUCCUUGGUGGAAAUCAAAUUUUUUUAUUUCUCAGCCUGUACUAUUUGGAACAUGGGAUGGGGUUUUUACAUCUUGUCUAAUUAAUAUUUUUGGAGUUAUUGUCUUUUUGAGAUCAGGGUGGAUAGUGGGCCAAGCUGGUGUUCUUAAUGCUGUUUUAAUAAUUUUAUGUACAGUAUGUAUUGCACUAAUAACUGUAUUGUCUGCUGUGGGAAUAUGUGAAAGAUGUCGUGUAGAGAGUGGUGGAGUUUACUUUUUACUAUCACAUGUGUUAGGAUCAAGAUUUGGUGGAGCUAUUGGAUUAUUAUAUUGUUUUGGACAGGCGGUGGGCUGUGCUCUAAAUGUUCUAGGAUUUGGAGAAUCUAUGGCUGGUCUGGUGGGUUUAGAAUCUGCAUGGGCAGAACGUGGUUUUGCUUGUACUGCUGUUAUCUUGUUAUCUGUUAUUAAUAUCGCUGGUGUGAAAUGGGUCAUAAAACUUCAAUUUAUUCUUUUAUUAAUUUUAUUGCUUGCUGGUGUAGACUUUAUGGUUGGAAGUUUUACACAUCUGAAUAUUGAAGCUGGUUUUGAAGGAUGGUUAUCAGGAAAUUUAAAAAAUAAUACUUUCACCAACUAUCAAGAUGGGUAUAGUUGGUUUACAGUUUUUGGUGUAUUCUUUCCAACAGUAACUGGUGUUUUAGCUGGUAUUAAUAUGAGUGGAGAUUUGAAACAUCCAUCCACUGAUAUUCCUAAUGGCACAUUGGCAGCUGUAGGAACUGGAACUUUUUUGUAUUUAUGUUUUUCACUGUUUCUUGGGGCUACUUGCACUCGAAAGGCACUACUUACCAAUUUUAUGAUUGCAUCAACGGUAUCUGCGAUUUCAGUAUUGCUAAUAGCAGGUCUUUACGUGUCUUCAUUUAGCAGCUGUUUGGGUGCAAUGUAUGGUACACCUCGAGUUCUUCAAUCUAUCGCUAGUCAAAAUGUGAUACCAGGAAUCAAUUGUUUGCAAAGAGGAAAAGGACCAAAUAAGGUACCUGUGUACGCAAUGUUAGUCGUUGCCGUAGUUACCUUGACUUUUAUCAUUACCGGUCAAAUUAACACGCUUGCGCCAAUUGUCACAAUGCCUUUUCUCUUAACAUAUGCCUGUUUGGAUUAUGCAUAUUUCGCCCUUGCGCAAACAUUCGAUAUACAAUUGUCUCGAGAACAGAGAUUUCGAACACAAUCCCCAACGUUCGAUCGUGACUAUGGCUCUGCAAGUAGGAAUAAUUCCAUAACGGAUACCGACAAUGAUUUGGAUAAUUUAUUCCCCGAACGAAUAAGGCAUAAAAAUCUUAUCAGAAAUCCUAGUCUUUCUGAAAAUAACGUAUAUAUAGAUUCUUCUCCAAGUAUUGAUGAAAGUGUCAGCGGUACAGAUAAUUCGGAACGAAAAAUUCAUAUCCAUAAUAAAUUGGGAAAUUGGUAUAGUCCUUUGUGUAACAGAUGGUUUUCAUUAUUAGGGUGUCUUAUAAAAUUAUUCAUCAUGUUUCUUGUUCAUUGGGGUUACGCUAUUGCCAAUAUUGUUGUCGUUUUCCUUGUUUGGAGUUACAUUGGUCACGCUAAUCCUGCAGUUAAACCAGGUGUUUCGUCUGAAUUUAAACUGUUUAAAUGGUUGAAAAUGUUGUUAUUAAGAAUUAUGGGAAGAAAAGUUUACGAUUAUGAACAAAUCGUGGUUACACCAGUGCAUCCUGGUGUAGAAACUUGCUCAGCGCAAUUAAAUGAGGAAAAUGAAGAUUUUGCUGGGAGAAGAAGAUAUCAUCAAACAGCCACAGUCACAGGACAAUAUGUCAACAUUGAUUAAAUACUAUAAUUUGCAAAGUAACUAAAAUAUUCAUUGGGAAUCAUACAUGAAUCAUUUCAAAAGGAAUUGUAUAAAAAUCAUAUUACUGUCGCAUUUUGAAAUAGGAUAAAACAGGAAAAGGAGCGUUGUUACUUGCAACGUUGUUGAUCGCACAAAACUAGUCUAGCUAAGAACAUUUCAUAUCUUAUAAUUAGAUACAAGGAAUUUUUUAUAAAAAUAUCACGUGAUAGCCUUAAUAGCACUAGUAGCCGAAUAAGAAAUAAGAAUACAAAAUACGGCGUCCUGAGUAACUGAAAGAAAGUCAUAUGACUUUUUGUCUACCAGUCUACUCGGUGUAUCUUAAAUAUAUUUGAAAUGCCAUACUGCCAGAAGCAUUUCUACAAUGGAGGGUCCAUAUAUUCAGUAAAUUAUUUUAAGAACUAUUUCUUGUGACAUGAGAUUAUUUAUUCUUUCAUAGUUUUUAUAAUUUGUAGUUGGAAUAAAAUCAUAAUAUUUUAUGUAUCAUAUAAAGGUAUGAAAAAAAUGAUGCUGGAUAUCAAAUCAUUUAUAUUAAAUACUCUGUAAAUAUGUAGUGAUGACAUAUUUAUAUGCUAUUUAACAUUUUUAUAAAUGUCGCUAUAAAGAUGAAUAUGUUACUAAUAAAAUAUACACACACAUAUUCAUAUAUACAUAAUAUACCUAAUAUGAAUAUA